GAAAAGCACGACGCAAAGAAAACACGCACAGCUCGGCUCGUUGCUGUGUUUGUUGUUAGGGGUUCAAUAAAUUCUAAACCCUCCCGUCGGGCAAUAGGCGACAUAGGACCACGACGGGGUGCUUAGAAGAUCCGAUUAAACUCGGACUUUAAAGAAGUGGACAGGUGCAGGACCGAGCUAGCUGAGUGUGCAGAAGCAGAAAGACAGUGCCAGACAGGGAUGGGAUCCCGAAAAAGAAUGCUCGUUCCCGUUUAAUCGGAUUCCGCGAGUUGCAGUGCCGUGCUAGUUCGGGAGUGCGGAUACAAAUACCUAUUAUCGAUCGUUCAAACAAACCUCGACCGAACGCGUAGAGUGUGUGUGGUAGCAGACUCGCAAGAGCGACAGAAUAAACAGCAUAAUUGUGGCGAAACUACGGCCCUCGAGAAUGGCACUGAACGGGUUUUUGGAAUUCUUUCAACGUGAGAAAACUUUCCGGCCGAAGAAACGAUUCACCCAAGGCACGAUACGGUAUUCGCUGCACAAGCAGGCCAACGCCAGCCUGCAGUCGGGCAUAAAUCUGAAGGAAGUGGUCAAGCUUCCAGCUGGCGAGAACAUGAACGACUGGUUGGCAGUGCACGUGGUGGAUUUCUUCAACCGGAUCAAUCUCAUAUAUGGCACCAUAUCGGAGUACUGCAACGAAACCACCUGUCCGACCAUGAGCGGCGGUGCGAAAUACGAGUACCUCUGGGCGGACGGUGAAACGUACAAGAAACCGAUACAAUUGCCAGCCCCCCGGUAUAUCGAGCUACUGAUGGAUUGGGUAGAGAAUCAGAUCAACAACGAGACACUCUUUCCCGUGUCGACCGACGUGCCAUUUCCCAAAACGUUUCCGAGUUUGUGUAAAAAAAUCCUUACCCGACUGUUCCGGGUGUUUGUGCACGUUUACAUACACCAUUUCGAUAGGAUUUUCAGUAUUGGCGCAGAAGCGCACGUUAACACCUGCUUCAAACAUUUCUACUACUUCGUGACCGAGUUCGACCUGAUGUCAGCAAAAGAGCUCGAGCCGCUCGCGGUGAUGACGGCGCAAAUGUGCAAAGACUAACCGGAGCGCAUACGAGGAUGAGUGUCCCGAACAGCUAAGCAAACACACGCCACGAUAAGAUGUCGCAUGCUCGUCUGAAGUGGCCAACAGCAAAUAAACAAACAAAAUCAACGCUACGCAACGCAAUGCAAAUCACCAAACAAACAGGAAAAAGCCACAAAUCCGCCAAACCACCUACCACCGGGAAAGAUGACCGUGUAAUAGAGUUGUAAGUGGGGGCUCCCUAUUAACGCAAAGAUAAAUAAAGUGCAAACAAGAAGAAGACGAAGCUGAAAACAAUGAUUGGUAAAGAUUUUAAGAGAUUUUAAUAAAAAUCAAUGACUGUAAAAUA